AUGCAAAAGUCUUCCCCCAAAUCGAAUGAACACACGACGGAAAUCGAACUGGAUGCCGAACUAUUUCCUCUCCGAAGUAAGCGUGAAGAACUGGAAGCACAGAUUGCAGAGGCCCGAAGACUUCAGAAUGACCUGGACCACACGAAGUCUCGACUGCUCAGUGGUCUACAACACCAGUUUUUCGUCUUUACUGCCCCCGACGAGGAUCUGCUAAUGCCCAAAGCUGAUGGUCCUAAACUCCUUGAUGUCUUCUCGUUACUCGGCGAUAAAGGGCGAAGCAUCAGAGCACGACAUGACGCCGACACUGAAAUCCUAGAAAUCGAGAUCGCAGACGAUCAGGAUAUUAUCGACAAUAUCGGCGAGCAUUUGCGUCUGGUCUCGAGUCUUUCACCGUAA